AUGCAGAUUUCCGUACUGUUGUUCCAGGCAAUGGCUAAUCCACAGCAACAGCAGCAGCAACCGCGAAAAUUGUCGCAUCCAAAAUCCUCGGUUCUUUUCCCGUUCGUGAAUAACGAUACGAAAACAAUGAUUGAUGGGAUCAAUAUGCGCCUUAACGAUAUUGACCUGAAAUUGUCCUUCAUCCUGGAACUUUUGGCGCGUCGUCUCCCUGAAAAGUUGCCGUCGCAAAUGUUAUCGUCGAUGACGCCACGACAUCGUACAUCGCCGCAACAACAGCAGCAACUUCAGCAGCGUCGUCAAUCGCCGGAAAUCGCUUGCGAUCCAGAACUACCGGCUACCAGUAUUUCCAGUAUCUCGCGGUUAAGAGCGACACAAACGCAAUCGCUGCCAGCGUCCAUCGUGAUCGAUAGCGCAAGAGCAGGAUCGCUGGCGAUGGACGCUGAUGGAAUCGCCGCUGUUGAUUUAGCCUCAGGCAAAAAUUUUUGCGGUAUCCCUACUGCAUCCAUCACAGUGGACAGCAGUAGCGGCAGCAGCAACCAGCAACAACAACAACAGGAGGACGACGAAAUGCAGCCAGAAACAUCAUCGUCCACAUCAGUAGUUGCCGGUACAACUAGUAAUGCAAUUAAUAGCAAUAACGAAGCGAGUGAUGGUGAUGAAGAGGAAGUGGAUGAUGACGAUGAGGAAAUUGAUGAGGAUGUUGAUUCAACACAGGAACGUGAGGUGAACAUAGUCCGCGCGGAGGGCAAUUUUCCGGAAGGUGCAGUACGACGAGCGGCCGAAAAAGCAGCGCGAAGUUUUCAGAGCACUCAACCAAAGGUUUUUGCAUGGCAGAUACUACGAGAAUCAGUAACUGAUCAAGAGCUACGGAAUGUUAACAUUUCGCUGCGCACAUUUCAUGGUGAAACCGCCGAACAUCUACUUUCUCGUCAACCACCCAAGGUUUUUGCAUGGCAAAUACUACGAGAAUCAGUAACUGAUCAAGAGCUACGAAAUGUUAACAUUUCGCUGCGCACAUUUCAUGGUGAAACCGCCGAACAUCUACUUUCCCGUCAACCACCCAAGAUUCGAUUGGUUGUGAAAACAACAAUGUCUUAUUUCAAAUGGGACCAACUGAGUGAUGAGAAUCGACUGACUAAAGCCAAAUUAUUACUCAGUCAUCUCAAGAAUAACGCCAAAGUACGGAACUGGACGUUACGGGAAGGGCGACCACAUCGGUGA